AUGGAAUAUGAAGAGGAUGAUGAUAUUUCCUUUGCAAAAUGGAUGAGCAGCUUCUGGGGCCACAGCUUGAUUGAUGAUAAUGAGAAAGAGGGUAGAGGCUACAAGAAACGUCAGACACGACUCUUCAGCGAAAGGAGAGCCUCCCUCCCGGCCAGGCUUUCCUCCUUCCAUGCAACACGACUUCAUGCUUCUACUAAAGACUCAUCUUCAGAACAUCUCAAGGGCUCCAAGGAAUUUCAAGAAGACCAAGAAGUCAAAUGCCACUGCCACAGGAAAGCAAGCAGAACACCUUCAGGAGACAGCUCAUGCCCAGAGACAAGAUCAAACUCCAUCCAGGAAUUUGCAGAGUCCUUUGAAAAGCAAUUGCAUCUCAAAAGCAAACGCUCGGUUUCUUUGCAACCUGAAGGUAUGAAAGAGAGAAGAGAACGAGAAAGAUUGCAUUUGAGAAAAAGCAAGUCUCACAAGAGAAUGGGAGAGAAAUCAGAGCCAAGGAGGGAGCAGGAAGAAGAUGAAGGUUCAGAAGGUGUACCUGCAAAACAUAAUGAACAGUUUCCAUCACAAGCAAGCGCUGAGAAAGGAUAUUUAUUCACAGGCAGUUAGAAUGCAUUGAGAUGAUGAAUUUCAACAUCCCCUUGGAGAGCAGUGCAUUUUUGUUUUAUUUUGACUAGAAAAGGCCUGUUAGCUGGAGUAAAC